AUGAAGCGGACCACCAUGAAGCCCAAAAGCACUAUGUCCACGCCAAGCACAACUAACACCACCUGGAACACCGGGAAUGUCAAACAAUCAAGGAAGACGUCAGCCAGCACUACACCAGCCAUCACCGUGUCCAUGCCAAGCACAACUGUCACCAACUCAAGAUUGGGGGACACAAAGCCAUCAUGGGAACCAUCGGCCACCACUGAGACAACCACCGUGUCCAUACCAAGCACAACUGUCUCCACAUCGACAUUGGAGGAAACGGAGACAUCAUGGGACACAUCUUCUACCACUGAGACAACCACCGUGUCGAUGCCAAGCACAACUGUCUCCACCUCGACACUGGGGGACACGGAGACAUCAUGGGACACAUCGGCCACCACUGAGCGAACAACCAUGUCCAUGCCAAUCACAACUGUCUCCACCUCAACACUG